AUGGAUUGCGCAUUGAGGCAGCAGCAGCCGCUGUCUCCACCACGUGAGGAGCCAGCUGUCUCAGCGCUGCAGGCUGCAGCUGCCUCGAGCUGCCGGACAGCAGCAGCAGCAGCACUCCCAGCCCACGGGGCCGCUGGAGUGCCGUCGCACCCAGCAGCAGCAGCAGCAGCAGCAGCAGCAGCGACCGCGCGCGCAGCAGGCGCCGCAGCCCCCGUGAACGCCCCACGCCCCGCCGGGACCCGCUGCGUGCCGCUGCCCGUGCGCUACCGGCUGCGGCUGCCGGAAGUGCUGCCAAACUCGAUCCCCAUUCGGAGGCGGGGGCCAGUGAGUUGCUUCCAGGGCUACCGGCGGCAGCACUUGCUGGGGAGUGGCACUUACGCAGAAGUGUGGUGCGUGCGGCAGGAGACCAGUGGUCAGGCGUUUGCGGCGAAGCUGCUGCAGCCGCACAAGUUCGCCGCGGAGACGGCGCCGCGGGUCUGCGAAAUGUUCGAAAAGGAAAUCAUAAACUUGGCCCUUUGCCAGUGCCCCGGAGUGGUUUCGCUGCACGAAGUGGUGGAGGGCCACGAGGGCUGGCUGCUGCUGCUGGAGCUGGUGGAGGGGGGCACUGUGUGGGCUGAGAACGUAAGUGCUUCUGAGGGCGAGGCCUUUUGCCUUUUCCUCCAAGUCCUCCAGGCCCUGCUGCACAUCCAGGCCUGCAAAGUCAUUCACCGAGACCUCAAGCCCACCAACAUGUUGCUUUCCAAAACCAAGAGAGUCCUCAUAGCGGACUUCGGCUGGUCCGAAACGGUGGAGGCCUGCGGCUCCCAGGCUCUCGAGUGGCCCGGGACGCUGGAGAUAAACCCGCCGGAGGUGCUGACGUUCAAGGGGCCGUGGACUGUGAAAAUUGACAACUACGCGUUGGGAAUGGCUUUGCUGCUGUUUGCUUCGGGGCGUUUCAUUUGCCGGCAAAAAGACCUGCCGCUGGCGGAGGCGGCGCCGCUGGUGAUGGAAGAUGUGCAGCGGCUGCGGAGGUCACCUCCCCCGCGGCUCUUCAGAGCUUCUUACGAGGCCUGGGAUGUCUUCGUGGGCCUGACUUCUUCAUCUCCCGAGAGGCGCUGGUCUCUAGACGAUGUGCUUGAACACACCUGGGUGGCCCGCCAGCUGCUGCAGCUGCCGCCUGCUGCCUACGGCUUGCUGUGGCACCCCAAGGUCAAGGGCCUCAUGGCGGAGUUGGUGGCGGCCCGCCGCAUAGUUUCGGCCCACACGCCUCCCCAGGCCGUCGAGCGCAGCACUGUUGCUUAUGUGCAGCAGCAAAGGGAGGCCCGCAGGAAGACCCAGUUCCACCACCAGCAGCAGUUCCUCAGGCACCAGCGCCGCAUCCUGCAGCAGCACCACGCCAUGCAGCAGUACACGCAGCGGGUUGCUGAGCGCAAGAGGCAGGAAGCAGCAGCAGCUGCAGCGGCGGCAGCUGCAGCGGCUGCGGCCGCCGCUGCAGCUGCAGCAGCAGGCGCCUCAGCAGUUGCAGUCGCAGCAGAAGCCCCUGCGCCACCAGCUCCUCGACCCGCACCUGCAAGGACGCAACAUGCUGGAAGCCCGCAGCCAGCAGCAGCAAUAGCAGCUGUAGCAGUUCCAGCAGCUGCCUCACCCGCAGCAGGCCCUGCUGUGGUGCCAGCUAAGGUAACUGUAAAUGCAGCGCCAGACACAGCAGCAAAAGCAACUGCUAGUAUACUAGUAGGGACGAAUGGCCCGGCACUCGCAGCAACUGCUGCAGGCCAGACCUUUAAGGGCCCCUCAAACAUUAGCAGAAAUCCACCACAAAUUAAUAGACGAGGCAUCUCUGAGGUUAGCGCAUGCUCGACGGCAGAGUCUGUGCGUUUCACUGCUUACAAGCUCAUGGGUCAGCAGCAGCAUCAGCAGCAACACAUGCAACAGCAGCUGCAGCAACAACAGCAGCAGCAGCAGCAAGCAUCAGCAAAGCAACACGAAACAGCAGCCACGGCAUUGCUUCAAGGUGGAGGGUGCCGACAGCAGCUACUGCGCUCCCCUGCGUUCCUGGUGGGGCCCUUCCCUGCAGAGGCCUGCUCGCAGCUAGCGUGGCAGCAGCAGGGGCAGCAAAUUCAGCCGAAGCUGCAGCAGAUUGACCAGCAGCUGCACAAACACACGUUUUCAAGGGAAAGCCCCUGCCGCUACGCACUCGACAGGCGGCACUUCCCAAGUAUGUCCUCCUCAGGUAAAUGCAUGGAAACAGUCUUUGCAAGCCCCUCAGAUCUGCAGGAGCGGCUGCAGCAGCAGGCCCGACAAGUUGCUGCGAGACAAGUUCCUGGAUCCCUUGCGGGGCCAUUUUGGUCCUAUGAUGCAUCAGAGCAGCUAGGCAGUGGGCAACCUCUGCUUCAGCAGAUGCAGCAGCAGCAGCAGCAGCAGCAGGUUCUCAAGCAAAAUCAACCCAGUCUACAGCUGAAUAGCGAAGCCACCUCUCCACAGUCCAUUAGCAUACACUCUCAGGGGGCAGCAACUGCGCUGCCGGUGCAGCACAAGCAAGAUACACAGCAGCAGCUGCACCUCCAGAAACAGCAAGAACAGCUGCAGCAGCGGAGGGUCACUUGGAUAUCACCGACCAGUGAUGCAGGUAGCAACACUGAGACACAUGGCCAGUCCGACAAUGCUACAUUUCACGGACUCAGCAAUGAGGAAACAAAAAUGCAGCAAACUGCAGCAUCGGGGGAACCAGCAGCACAGGAAUCGACGCAAGCAGCAGUAGAGGCGGCCGUGUCAGUAGCUGGAAAUGCAGCAGCAGCAGCAGCAGAGCCCCAUGAAGCGUCUCCCGUGACAGCUUGUGCCCGCUGGAUUCGCUCGGGCCUGGGCACAGUGGCAGCACUGGCGACGCCGCGCCUUGUGCAGAGGCUACCAGAGAAGCAGCACCAUCAGCAGCCACAGCAGCAGCAGCAGCAGCAGCACCGCGUCGUCGAGUCAAGGGGUUACUGGAGAGACAGUAGCGCCCAAGGGACCAGAGAAGCAACUUGGCGGCGCGCAGUCAACGCCGCAGCAGCACUUCUAGGAGGAGCAAAUCCACACGGACUCCCAGGAGGCCCCCACACCUCCUACAGAGCUGAUACCUGCAGCACUGCAAGAGCUGUUAAUCUAGGCCGGACUUGGGGCCGGCGCUGCGUGCGUAUUGGCCUGAGGGCUCCUGCAGCGCUCAGCAAGGCCCCACUCAUAGAGGAUGAUGAUGCAGCAGCAGCAGCAGCAACGGCCACCCGACAUGAGGCUGCAGCUUGUAGACCGCCAGUUACUCGGAGCAUCUCCUCCAUAGAAUGCCCGGGGGAGCUCAGAGCUCUGGAAAGACUAGCCCCCCAAAAGUGCGAGGCUUUACUUGCUGUGCCGGCUCCUCUUAGCGGCAGCGACCGCAGCAGGGGCCCUACUGACAGCAGCAGCAACAAGUGCAGCAAGAACAAGGACGACAGCAGCAGCGGCAGCAUCAGUAGCAGCUGCGGCCAUAGCAGCAGCGCGAGCGACAACAGAGAAGGCGUGUUCGCACCCGACAAAGACGCCUCUGGCACUGAGCCCUUCGUCUCUCAGUUUCGCGACGGCAACCCGCAGCAACAGCCCCAGCAGCAGCAGCAACACGAGCAAAAGCAGCUGCAGCAACCUCAAGGGCAGAAUCAGCAGCAUCAACUGCAAGCGCACUACGAUUACAGCUGCCAGGAAAUCAAGCCUACAGUUCCUCCGCUGCACCUUGUGGACCUCCCGAUCUACAACUACAGCCCCAGCAGGUGUGCAACAGAAAGAAGAUACAGCAGCGGGAACAACAGCAGCAGCAGCAAAGUAAUUUUAGCGGAGACGGCGCAGGCUGCCUUCGAGGGGUCUCUCCCAACAGCAAACCCGUGGGUGCCGUCACCUGCAGUGGCGCCCAGCAGCUGCAGCAGCAGCACCCCGCCCACAGCGCCCAGUGGCGACAGCAGCAGCUGCAGCAGGAACAGCAACAAUGGAGCGCCAGACCGAUCUCCCCUUACAGCGUCAACAGACGGCAGCAGCAGCAGCACAGGCUGCCAGCUUUCUCAGGGAAGGAUCUACGCUGCAGAGAUCUUCUGCACUCCGAGACGUCCGCAUGCGACGGACUUUGUGCAACUUGUUCCUUCUGCUGCAGCUCAUGCAGCUUUCAGCCACCAAGAAACAAGACACACUUUAGCCUCUCCAAGGGGCCUCGGAGGCCCCCAAAAGGCAGACGCAGCAGUGGCUGUUUGCCCGAUUCCAUUGCAGCGUCACAACAUCAGUGAAAUCUUGCUGCUAGCACAGCAGCAGGAACUCGAAAGACAGCAGCGACAGCUGCAGCAGCAACACAGAGAGCUUCAGCUGCAGCAGCUGGAAAUUGAGUGCAAACGGAGGCAGCGGGAGAAGCAGCAAAAAGAGCUGCAGAUGCUGCAGCUCCAGCUCCACCAGAAGCGCGCGGUGAGGCUCAUGCAACAGCAGCAGCAGCAGCAGCAGCAGCAGCAGCAACAAAAGCACUUGUGCAUAUCUACACCACAAGAGCACGGGCAGCCAGGCGUUCUGCAGCUGAAGAGAGCUGAUGAAAAGGAGGAAACACAAGAGCAGCAGCUUCCUCCCGUCAGCAGCAGAACUCUCGUCCUGGGGUGCCUAGAGGUCUCAGAGGCUGAUGGGCCUGGUGAAGCGACCUCUCACGGGGCAGCAGCGAUUACAGCAAACCCAGCAGCGCCCGCAGCAGCAAUGAGGGGCAGCAGCAAUUCGGCCAGCAGCUGCCAAGAAAGCCCUUCGGUCUUGAGUCGCCGAGGCGUCGUUGUGCCUCGCUUGCAGCUUGCCCACGUGGUAGCCCCGAACCUCCUGGCUGGUGGCCUUGCACCAGGAGCAGCAGCAGCACCAGCAGCAGCAGCUGCAGUAGCUUCCCCAGACACGGGCCACUGCAGCAGCUUUAGGGUCGCCCCAGCAUCCGGGUGCAGCGCUGCAGUAAACCCCACAUUCCUUUCGGGCUGCAGCGUGUCUUCCAAUGCAGCAGAUACUCCCCGUUCUGCUACUGCUAGCCCCCGGUGUCUUCCGCGGAGUGCCUAUGGCCUGGGAAGGUAUGAAAGAAUUGGAGAGAGCGAGCAGCAGGAGCAGCAGCAGGAGCAGCAGCAGGAGCAGCCCGAAGCUCCGUCCUCAGCAGCCGCGGCUGCUGUUUCCUUCUUGCAAAGGCUUGUCAAAAAUCCGCUGCAGCAACUGCAGCAGCUACAUCAACAGGUAGACCAGUGCCGGCAGCAGCACAAAAGCGCAGCGACAGCUGCAGCGAAAAUAACCAAUUGCCUCAUCUCCGGACAGCCCUGCACAGAGCAGGCAAGGCAACAGCCUUGUGAAAGUUCCCAGCAGUUGCAGCCGCAGCAGCAUCUGCAGCAGCAGUUGCAGCAGCAGCAGCAGCUCCCAAGGCCCCAGUCACUCAACCCGUACGGCAGCUGCUCCGCAAGGAGCAACAGAGCAGCCGAUCUCUAG